GUGUUGCACUCUCAGUCUCGCCAUGUGGAAGUUAGAAUGGCCUGUAUUCACUACCUUCGAGAGAACAGAGAGAAAUUUGAAGCGUUUAUAGAAGGGCCAUUUGAAGAAUAUUUGAAACGUCUGGAAAAUCCACAGGAAUGGGUAGGACAAGUGGAAAUAAGUGCCCUUUCUCUUAUGUACAGGAAAGAUUUUGUAAUAUAUCAGGAGCCAAAUGUUUCUCCUUCACAAGUAACUGAAAAUAAUUUUCCUGAAAAGGUGUUACUGUGUUUUUCGAAUGGAAACCAUUAUGAUAUUGUCUAUCCUAUAACGUAUAAAGAUAGUUCUGCUGUGUGUCAGUCUCUCCUUUAUGAAUUGCUGUAUGAGAAGGUAUUUAAAACUGAUGUUAGUAAAAUCAUGAUGGGACUAGAAACGUCUGAAAUGGCUGAUGAAAGCAACAGUGAAAUAUCAGAUUCUGAGGAUGACAGCUGCAAGAGUAAGAGUACUGCUGCUACUGAUGUGAAUGGACUUAAGCCUUCAGGCAGUGAGAACCCAGAGAAUGGUGGGAACGUGGCUGACCUCCCUUUGUCCAGAAAGGUUCUUAAGUCACUCAAUCCAGCAGUUUAUAGAAAUGUGGAGUAUGAAAUUUGGUUGAAGUCCAAACAAGCUCAACAAAAACGUGAUUACUCCAUUGCUGCUGGAUUACAAUAUGAAGUUGGAGAUAAAUGCCAUGUUAGAUUGGAUCACAAUGGAAAAUUUUCUAAUGCAGACAUUCACGGGGUUCACUCUGAGAAUGGACCGGUUUUAUCUGAAGAACUGGGGAAAAAACAUAUACCGAAGAACCUCAAGACACCUCCCCCAGAAAGCUGGAACACAGUGUCAGGAAAGAAGAUGAAAAAACCCAAUUCUGGACAAAAUUUCCAUUCAGAUACGGAUUACAGAGGGCCAAAGAAUCUAAGCAAGCCAAUAAAAGCCCCAUCAGCACUACCUCCUCGACUACAGCAUCCUUCUUCAGGUGUAAGACAGCAUGCAUUCUCUAGUCAUUCUUCAGGGUCCCAAUCUCAAAAAUCCUCCAGUGAGCAUAAGAAUCUAAGUAGGACACCUUCACAGAUCAUAAGAAAACCUGAUCGUGAAAGAGCUGAAGAUUCUGAUCACACGAGUCGCGAACCUUACUAUUUUGGCCUUUCCCCAGAAGAACGCAGAGAGAAGCAAGCUAUUGAAGAGUCUCGUUUACUGUAUGAGAUUCAGAACCGGGACGAGCAAGCUUUCCCUGCCCUUUCGAGCCCAUCAGUCAGUCAGUCACCUCAGAGUAGCAACUCAUCUGUGCAGAGGAAGUCUUCACAUGCAAGGGAUAGGAAAGGAGGCAUGCGGAGAGCAGACGCAGAAGAGCGGAAGGACAAAGAUUCCCUACGUGGCCAUACUCAUGUGGACAAAAAAACAGAGCCAAGCAUACUGGAGAUCAGCGAUGAUAAAUGUACAAGAGUUUCAUCACCAUCUAAGUCAAAGACAACAGAGUGCCCAUCUCCUGUAGAACAAAAGCCAGCAGAACAUGUAUCUUUGUCAAAUCCAGCUCCCCUUCUAGUAUCUCCAGAAGUACAUCUCACUCCUGCGGUGCCUUCUUUACCAGCCACUGUGCCAGCCUGGCCAAGUGAACCUACAACUUUUGGACCAACAGGUGUCCCUGCUCAGAUUCCCAUUUUGUCAGUGACACAGACCACUGGACCUGAUGCUGCUGUGUCACAAGCGCAUUUAACACCCUCUCCAGUUCCUGUGUCGAUUCAGGCAGUUAAUCAGCCCUUGAUGCCUUUGCCUCAGACAAUGAGCCUUUAUCAAGACCCACUCUAUCCUGGGUUUCCUUGUAGUGAGAAGGGAGAUCGAGCCAUUGCACCACCUUAUUCACUGUGUCAGACCGGCGAGGACCUGCCUAAAGAUAAGAACAUUCUUCGAUUCUUCUUCAAUCUUGGUGUGAAGGCAUAUAGUUGUCCUAUGUGGGCCCCACAUUCUUACCUGUAUCCUCUGCACCAGGCCUACAUGGCAGCCUGUAGGAUGUACCCAAAGGUCCCUGUUCCUGUGUAUCCUCAGAAUACUUGGUUCCAAGAAGCCCCUCCUGGUCAGAGUGAAAGUGACUGUCCUUGUACUGAUGCCCACUACUCUAUGCACCCUGAGGCCAGUGUUAAUGGACAGAUGCCACAGGCAGAGAUGGGACCUCCUGCAUUCUCUUCACCUCUGGUUAUCCCCCCAUCUCAGGUGUCUGAAGGUCAUGGACAGUUGUCUUAUCAACCUGAACUUGAGUCUGAGAAUGCUGGGCAGCUUCUUCAUGCUGAAUAUGAAGAGUCACUAAGUGGCAAGAACAUGUACCCACAACCGUCCUUUGGACCUAACCCAUUCUUAGGUCCAGUUCCCAUCGCACCUCCUUUCUUUCCUCAUGUUUGGUAUGGCUAUCCUUUUCAGGGGUUUGUGGAAAAUCCUGUAAUGAGGCAAAAUAUUGUCUUGCCCUCUGAUGAUAAAGGGGAACUGGAUUUGCCCUUGGAGAAUCUAGAUCUGUCUAAGGAAUGCGACUCUGUCUCAGCAGUGGGUGAGUUUCCAGAAGCCAGAGUUGAAGGUGUACAUUCUCUCUCUGAAGCAAGUGUUAGCAGCAAGCAUGAAGGCCGAGUGGAGCAGUCAUCCCAGACACGAAAGACAGACAUAGCUUUGGCUUCAGGCUCUCCUGGAGUAGAGGGAAAAGCUCAUCCUCCCACUCAGAUUCUAAACAGAGAGAGAGAAACUGGGUCUGCUGAACUUGAGCCUAAGAGGACCAUCCAGAGCCUGAAAGAAAAACCAGAGAAAGUAAAAGAUCCCAAGACUGCUGCUGAUGUGGUUGGCCCUGGGGUCAACUCUGUGGAUAGAUUGCAAAGACCAAAAGAAGAGAGUUCAGAAGAUGAGAAUGAAGUAUCUAAUAUACUGAAAAGUGGCAGACCCAAGCAGUUUUAUAAUCAAACUUACGGAAACAGGAAAUACAAAAGUGACUGGGGUUCUUCUGGUAGAGGUGGCUAUCAACAUGUGAGAGGCGAGGAGUCCUGGAAAGGGCAGCCUAACAGAAGUCGGGAUGAAGGUUUUCAGUACCAUCGAAAUGUUAGAGGACGCCCAUAUAGGGGAGAUAGGAGGAGAUCAGGGAUGGGAGAUGGUCAUAGGGGACAACACCCUUAAUGGUUAGUUGUUGCUCAUAUUGUAGAACUGAAGCCUUUUCUUAGGUGUAUUUCUGAAGGCUUUACAAACAUUAAAAUAAAAACCCAAAUUGGAACUAUCUUCUCCCCUCCCCCUUUACCCUUACUUAAUUCCUAUUCUGGAUGAGACUUUGGAUAUGAGUUCAAGGGGCAGAUGAAUUUUUGGCAUUGUGGUUUUUCUUACUCUGAGUCUGUUUAUUGGGUUACUGCCCCCAUAAAAAGUAAACAUGACUUCAAGUAUUUUUUUAUAAACAGCUCAAUAUAAAACAUAGACUUAGUGUUUGAUUUUUUUUUUCUCGUGUAAGUUUGAUUUUAAACAUUGGAAAUGUGUGCUUUUUAGUGUUUACUAAAGUGACAAGAAAGUAAAGCAUUCAACACACUAUAGAUUCCAAAACAUAACAUUGCACCAAAUAGAAAUGUAUAUUUUAUUAUGCAAUGCCUUAGUCAUAAACUGGGCUCAAACAGUUCUCAGCCUAAAACACUGUUGUCUUUUAAUAUGCUUCCAACCCAAAGGCCUUUCAUCUCAGUAUCUGUCAAACUUGAAUAAUGUCUUCUCUCUACUAUUACACACGAGGCAGCCUAUUAACCUGUGUCUCAGAAUUGUUGUAUAUAGUUCUUUUAAUAUCCAUAGGGUAUAUUUUUGAAUUUUGGUGAGUGUUGAACUUGAGAUUGCAUACAAUAGAUGUUUAAGAAAUAGUAGGAAGUCCGGUGAGACGGCUGUUCCCAUCAAGAACUCUUAGCACUGCUGUAAAUAUCAUGGUGCCUACUGGAAAGGAAUGUAGAUGCUAUGCAUUUUGAGAAUAAUCUGCAUCUGUUAAAACUGCAGAGGUUUUUUUAAUGCCACUUUAACACUAAUGCACUGACAGAUUCUAAAUAUUUUGUGAGAAAUGUUAAAAUUUUUAACUUGAUAGGUUUCUCUUAAAGUGUUGUUUUUCUCCCUGCACCAUUGGUUAUGUUCAUCACUUUACAGUUGCAUGUUCAACUUGUCUUAGCUGGAAUUACUGUAUAAAAAGAACGUGAUUGUGACUUCUAGUUCUUCUAGAGGAUGCUGCUAGAGGGUGGUUUUGCUUUGCAUUUUGUAGCUCUUACCCAUCAGUGUGUGUCUGAUCUGCUUCUUCCAGUCUGCAGUAUUCACUAGACGGCUCCCUUGCAUGUGGCAUUCUGUUCUCAUGUAGAGAUUGGACUCAGACAGUUAACACAGUAUUCGUUCAUCUGUGUUACUGUGUAAAACUAACUGUACUUUGUAUUCCUUAUUUGUAUAUAUCAAUGUGAAAAUCUACCUUUUUUUUUUAAUGUUGCAAUUACCUUGUGAUCAGGCAGCUUGAGUGCUAUGCAAUUAGUAGUAUGGUGGUGAUUUUCUUUGCAUGUUGUGUGUUAAAUAUCUAACCAGAAAUAGAUGUGGCUUUUGUUUUAGGGGGCAGAUUACUUAAAAGCAAUUAACUUGAAUAUGACAAACAGAAGCAGACAGGUUUCUGGGUCCUCUGAUAUCUUUUGGGAAUGUUUGGCUGUCGGCUAGGCUCAGUGAAGCUCCGAUGUACUGUAAUGAUGGGAUUUUACCUUUGUGCUGUUUUAAUUACCCUCAUGUCUGUGUAACUGCUGAUUUGAGUAGUGAUUAGCAUUUAGGAAUUUUGUAACAUAGGAUUUUAGAGAGCACUUUGAAAGAUAACAUUUUAUUAAUGAUGGUGCUAGGUAAAAAAUGUGUGGCCUGGGAUGUGUAGAAAAAUUGAGAACCUAUUGAUAGGAGUUUAUUGUCUGCUUCUAAGCUAGAAUGGUUGUAAAGGUUUUGCCAGUGGUUCAGUAUCGGUGGCUGAAUUAUGGAGUAAGAACUUUAGAGGACCUUCUCUUAGUCCUUGGUUUUUAUGUAGAAUUGGCUUUAUCUUGUAGUUUUAAUUUGAAAAUCACCUUUUGAUAUAAUGAACUAGAUUUAAAAGUUUAUGUUUGGUCUCAGCAGUCCAAAAGACAAUGGCUUUUGUCUUUCUCUGACUGGGGAAGUGUCUCAAAAUUGGACCGGAAAGAGGACUGCUUGGUUUCAAUACAGCCACUCUGUCUCACCCUAGUAGUGAAGAACAGCCCUUUGUAGCUCCUGAGGGAAACUGAUGGACAAGAUUCCAUUUCCUUACCUGACCUCUGGGACAUGAUGAAAGAAUUGGGUCAGUGAUGAAAGAAUUAUAGCCUGUGGUAUUCUGUGUGACCUCUGGAAUACAACUUGGAUUUUAGUAGUUUUAAAAUGAUUAAUCUUUGUAUGAAGGUCAGUUUUCUUUAGGUUUGUUUUUAAGUGUAUUCAUCCAGGGGAUUUUGCCUUAUGCUGAGGUUUGGCCAUUUUCUACACAAAGCAAAGAAAGAGAAAGAUGACAGCUGAAAGUCAUUUUGUAUUGUAAUUGGGAAAUGAUGAAACCUUAUGGUGGGAUACAUUUUGAACAAAUGUUUCUGCUGACCAAAGCUCAUCUGUUUUAGUUUAGGUGCUUCAGUUGGACUAGACCCCAGCCUCUUCCUGUCAGUAUUGUGUCUCUUCAAGUUUUUUCCUCUCAAGGCACAUCUUCCAUUCUUGCCCCAUGCACUCCUUGGCAGCCUUCAUGUUUUCUCUAAGUCUGUUUCAUGGCAGGACCAAGUUAAUACCUGCCACAAGCUGACCGAAGUAGGUUUCCCAUAUCCACAGUGCUGAGAUAGUUUAUGUGCUGCAAACCAUUCUUUGUAGUGUUUCCUUUGGCCCAAGGGUGAACUAAAAUGCCUGUGAACUGCAAACUGGCUUGUGAUUGACUUGGUGCAAUACAGUUCCUUUCUAAACAUUUCUGGUUUAGAAAAUACUCAGCCAUCCUGGAAACUAGCAAUAUUUAUUUUGCCUCAUUUAUUUUACCUUCAGUUUUAGAUGAGGUGAAGUUUUUCUUUCCCUUAGGGUACUUAGCAAGAUCCAUUCUAGUGUAGCUGAAGAGAAAGCUGUAUUUCUGUUUACUGUGUUUUGCUCCCGAUUUUGUCUAAUUGCUUUUUAAAAAUUUUCAUAAUGGCUCACUUGAGUGUUAAUUUGAAAGGGUAAGAUUUUACUGCCAUUGGCUCUCCCACUAAUUGGAACUUUUUCUUUUUUAAAGUUUCCCUUUCCCUAAAGUUACAAGUUUUAGAAAAUCCUGUAAGAGGGGUGGGUGCAUGUCUUAAUGCUGAGAAGCAGCAGCUUUGGGGUUGAAUUUACUUGAAUGGUUUAAAAAUUGCAUUGUUACAAAGCUAGAAAAAAAAUUUAUGUAUGAAAAAAAUGAUCCUAGCCUUACACUGAGUACAAUAAUAAUUAAUAAGCAUGUGAAGAUGUGAUCAUUUGUGAUGUUACCUGUAAAAACAUAUAUACAUAUCUAUACAUAUCUUUUGAAGUGUUGAAAGGAAUAGUACUUUAUAUUCUUUAUCAUACCACUUUUGUAAGUGUUGAAUAUAUUGCUGUUUAUUUUUCUAUGUUCUGUUUCGUAGCCUUAAGAAGUGUUUCAAACGAUCUGAAUGUAUAAAACAAGUCAAUGCCCUACAUGGUGUGAUGCUGCAUUAUAUACAACCGUGUGCAUAUAUUAAAUUCUGUCUGUCGAUUCUGCUUGGGGUUCUUUGGUUGUUGGGUAACCCAAUAUAUCACGUGUAAAUCUGAGGAUAAAUCUUAGUAAACUCUUGAAAAUGA